AUGACUACAGUUGCCUUCGAUAAUACAACUGAUCUGCCUUUGAGUGUGUUCACUUUGAACCUGACUUUCACUACAAUCGAAGCGCUUACCAAUGGAAAUACGACAACAGUUGCUGCUAUUGCGGAUGCUGGUGGAUCAGUACCGAUAUGGAUUGGUUUUAUCGGAUGUUUGGUUGCAUCGAUCUUUUUCGGAUCAAAUUUCGUUCCAGUAAAACAAUUCUCGGCAGGUGACGGAUUUUUCUUUCAGUUUGUGUUCUGCGUUGCAGUCUAUAUGGUUGGCUUGAUCGUUGAUCUUGUUAUAAAAAAUGAACAUUGGUAUCCAUUAGUACUGAUUGGAGGUGCCCUAUGGACGACGGGAAAUCUAGUGACGGUAUUCUGUAUAAAAACGUGUGGUUUGACUGUUGGCUUACUUAUUUGGGGAACAACAAGUUUGAUUGUCGGUUGGGCAGGAGGGCGGUUCGGUUUAAUGAAUAUAAAACCACAAGUUCCACCAACGACGCCAAAGUUAAUUAUGAAUUAUGCAUCAGUUGUCUUAGCUGCAAUCAGUGCAAUCUUUUUCGUAUUUAUCAAAUCAACCAAUGCACCACGCAAUGCUCCGCGUAUCGAAAUGAUCAAUGGCGAUCGAGCGUCUGUGGAUAUCGUCAAAGAAGACAACAUGCCGGUUGCAACUGAAGAAAUUCUCGAUACUGAUUUUCCAUUCUUGAACAAAAUCAGUGAUCCUAUUCAGAAAGUUAUAGGAUGCUCUCUCGCAGCAUUAUCCGGUGUAUUCUAUGGUAUAAUGUUUAUUCCAGACCAAUAUAUUCGUGAUCAUCCAGACAAAUUCAUCUAUAAAAAUGAACGACCACCUAACAAUGGCCUUUACUAUAUAAGCUCACAGUAUGCUGGUAUCCUUUUCUCUUCGACAAUCUAUUUUGUAAUCUAUGCCGUAUUAAAACGCAACCGGCCAUCGAUUAAUGCUUCGAUAGUUUUGCCAGCGAUGAUCAGCGGCCUUAUGUGGGCGAUAGCAAAUAUUGGAUUUAUCGUUGCUAUAAGUUCGUUGAAAAGUGCAGUGGCUUAUCCAAUUGUUAGUGUUCUACCGGGUAUUGUGACAAGUUUAUGGUCAUUGUUUUGGUUUCGAGAGAUCCAAGGGAAAAGAAAUUUCAUCUUUCUUGGUAUUGGUAUGAUUGUGCGUUGUGUUGCUGCGCUUCUGAGUGGCCUUUCGGCUUGA